UCCUUUCGUACCGAUCCACUGAGGGACGCGCAACAUCCACGCUUCGGAGCACUUCCCACGGAAAGCCCUCUCUCGCUACAUCUUCCAGCAACAUGUUGGCCGGACGGGCAAUCUGUUUGCGAGUGCUUCUGGCCCUGAGCCUGGCCCUAGUGGCACGCGGGGCCUAUCUUAUCGACUUCUCGAGAGUUUUCCACCACAAUCUGGCCAAUGUUAAAAGAGAAGCAGACACUGACCGAUGCCACCCGACACAACCUUUCCGCUGCCCAGGGGAACGCACAGUGUGCAUUUCAAUUCAGUACUUAUGCGAUGGAGCUCCCGACUGCAGUGAUGGCUACGACGAAGAUCCCAGGCUCUGUACAGCAGCUAAACGACCUCCUGUUGAAGAAACAGCUAAUUUUCUGCAAACACUCAUUAUCAACCAUGGGCCAAAUUAUUUGGAAAAAUUAUUUGGUAAGAAAGCUAGAGAUGCUUUGGAACCUUUGGGAGGAAUGCAAAAGGUCGCCAUAGCUCUUUCGGAGAGCGAAACAUUAGAAGAUUUUGGCAAAGCUCUGCACCUGAUGCGUUCGGAUCUGGAACACUUGCGAAACGUGUUCAUGGCUGUGGAGACCGGCGACUUCAGCCUCCUCAAAUCUCUGGGUAUUCGUGACUCGGAGUUGGGAGAUGUCAAAUUUUUCCUCGACAAACUUGUCAGCACUGGUUUUAUGGAUUAAAAGAAGAAGGCAACAACUCAUCCUCCCUCCUCAGUCCCUCCAGAUGAGUCGUCAACACCACAAAAUUGCAAACAAAUAUCAAAUGUGUUACAGCUCAAAAGAACUGAAAGCGUCAUGAGCUACAAAUAUACAUAUCUUUGAGAGAGAUUCAGAUUAUGCACAAUUCGAAGCAAAGAGAAAAAUGCUUAUAUUUCCAUAAAAAAAAUUAAUUUGUAAGGAAUAUGAUACUCAUGUUGCUUAAACCAAACUUCGCUGUCAGAGUUAAUUUUCCAAUUCAAAACUACGUUAAUAAAAAAGUAUACAAUAAACCCAUAACCCUUUUACUUCCCAAAAGCAUUUCAAAAACGAUUUUUCGGCUAUUUCAUUGACUUUCGUAUAAUCUUCACACAACAUUCAUUCCUAUGUUUUAUCCUAGUGCCCAAAACUGUUUUCUUAAUUUCGUUUACUUAUGAGUUAUGAAGAAUUUGCUCUAAUGUAUUGUGAACAAAUAAUUUGACAGUUUCCAUCAACUUAAAACUCAGUAAAAUGAUUUUUUAAUUUCGCUGAAAGCUUAACUAGUUAUAAGCCUUUGAAAAUGUUUAUUCAUUAAAGUGUAUACACACUAAAAGUUCCGAAAUUUUAUUUCGUUUUGCUGUAGAUAUUUUGCUUUGUGGACGGCUCAGAAAUCCCCAAUGGUCUCAAAGUCUCUGGCAAAACAUUUCAUGCAUUGAGAUUUUCUUUAUUUUGUGUACUAUUGUGCAUAUAAGAGAAAACUAUUUUAACUAGUACUAUUAUUUUUCUACAGAAAGAAAAUCGGUUAAUGUUAUGUCAUUACAUACUAGUUUUAAACGUAGUAAGCAAAAUUGAGAGAAAUUAAUCAUUUCAUUAAUGACUUUUUUUAAUUUAAAACUCUCCUUAAUGAUGUCUCCUCAGCUAUAAUUUAGUUAUAGCCAAAUGAAUCCUGGAGCAUCCAUUUGAGGAGAUGCUAGUUGCUUGACUAUGAGACCAUAUCAAAGUCGAUCAAAUCUUCAUUUUCUAUCCUUUCCUUCCUCGUUCAUUUCAAACAAAUCUAGUUCUUAAAAGAACACUAAAUGAAUUGUCAACUCAUGGUGCCAGAUGAGUUUGCUUAGAAGUCUGCUGAAGCACCAGACACACUGCAAACUCUUUUUUCCUGCAAUCAUCUGUUGUAAGACUCUACUGUUUUUUCUUUCUAUGUCUACAGGUGCACUUGGAUCCUUUUUAACGAUGUCAUUGGUGUUGUUGUCUUUUCUCGUUCAAGGGCGUAUUGAACGUUGACGUUCUUUCUUUCAGUCGCACAACUCUCAUACGAAUCAAAACAUAUUUUAAACCGAUUCGGUGAUAGAUAGGAAUCGAUUCAGUCAAAUGUAUCGAAAAACACAAAUGUAUAUAUUUAUAAGAAAUUGUACAUAAGAAAUGAAAAUAUAGAUGAAAUUAAUCAUAUGUGAGAAGAAUGAAAGUGUAAUUUUUCAUAUUAAUUUUUGAACGCAGUUUGUUUAACUUGAAUCGAAAUUCAGACUAAAUAUUCAAAAUUUCAUGAGCUUCGUUCUUCUUAAUAAAUUUCACAUUGAUAACACUUAGUUAAUAUUCUCGUGUUUAUAUACUUAAAAAUUCAUCAUUGUUUAUCAAUUGACUUUGAUAGAAAAGGUAAUAUGCGCGCGUUAAAUCUUUUUUACAAACUUACUAAGGCUUUUGCACAACGAACAAGCAAAGAGUGUCUGCAUCAAGCAGUGAUGUACAUGUCCUAAAGCCCUUCAAAGAGCAUGUUUUUAAAGAGUAUAUAACUGUUUACUUAUUUUUACAUAAUAUUUGUCAAAAUUCUAAAUGUCAAUAACCAAGAUCUCUCUCCUAUUUUUUUGGCUUUUUUAAGAACCCUAAUUCGAUAUGUUUUUUUAAAGAAUGAUGCGUUUAUAAAAAAGAACGUAUCAGUGUAAACAAUACAUAUCAGCUUUUCAGCUAAUGAAGAUAAAAAAUUUUAGAUAGUUCUGCUUUUCCUAAAUUUUAAAUAAGGUAUAAAUAUAUAUGAAUCAAAUUCCAGAUUUUUAUCCUAUUUUUUUUCCUUCUACGGUAUAUUAUCACAUUUCAUUCAUAUCACACGAAUACAUUGAAAAUGUUCUCUAAAUUAUUUUUCUUCUGAACCAUUAUGGCGAAAUACUCUUUAUAGCUAUGAAAUGAUAUUGAUUCGUGAUGAUAUUGUCAGUGGCGUUAACGAUAUUCUGGUCCUGCAAAUGACCUUAAGAAUAAACAUAUCACUACUGAAGUUGCCUUAACUUCGCCGUGAACAGUUUUAUAAUUUUGUAAGAUCUUGUAUUGCGAGAAAAUUUUCGUUCGUGCUUUCAUGUACAAACAGAUCUAUUUAUGCCCGUAUUUUGAUGUGCUUUCUCAGGAAGCUUGCUAAUCCACUAGAAACUUAAAAUCUCGUAAAUUUUGUGUAAUUUAAUCCUUCCAUUGUUUUAACUUAAACCAAAACAUUAAAUUUUCUGGUCAGAUAGCAUAAGUAGGCUUAAACAUCCUUGUGAAGUUUCGCAAACGAUGCUCAAAAUAAAGAGCUAUUUCCCUUUGAAAGCAAUCUUACACACUCCGCAUGUAACUUUGACGUUUGAUGUUUGAUAAUACACAAACAUCAGUUUGAACUGUGGUUCAACUUUCAAGCCUGCAUGUCUUUCAAACGAUGUAAGAUCUAAUACGAAGUAUUUCUCUUUCUCUAAUAUGUAUCUCUAUGUGCUGUAUUCUCGAAAGUUUAGUUAACCGAUUUAUAUAUGAUCUAGAACUGUAUAUGAUAUGUGUUGAAAAGUUAACUGAAUGAGUGUCGUGGUUUUUCACACAUACAUGAAAAGGUUUACCUAUUUUAAGGGCUCUUCAAAAAUUUUAUUGAUGUUGCUUCAAUUUUUCGUCGUUCAUGUAUUUACAAAGAUAUGACCAAACUUUGGUCACCGAAUGGGUUUAAAAGGCUUUGAUGUCAACACUGCUAACUUUCCUUACUAGUUUGCAUAAAAUUUGUUGCACUUUGUUCUCCCCACUUAAAUUUCGUUGUAUUGAAACAAUAGAGCAAAAUCUGUGCCUAGUUUCUCACAUUCUCCAUUCAUUCUAGUUUUGUGCAAUUAAGUUCCCAACUGUGAUCAUUAAAUCGGUAUGAAUUUCAUCAAAAGCAAAUGUGAGAUUAUAUUUACACUGUAUAAUUAUUCGAUAUUUUACUUAUUUGUAAGUGGGAAGUCGAAUAAAUAGUAUCGUGUGUCUUGGA